ACUGGAUAGGAAAUGACUCAUGGUGUGUGCGCGCGCGCUUGUGUGUGUGUGUGAGUGAGAGAGAAAGAGUGUUAGUGAGCGAGCGAGCGUGGGUGUGUGCUCCAGUGUGCAGCGUGUUAAAAACACGGAGCCCAGUGGUCCCGGUGAGUCACUCCGUGAUGUUCGUUUUUCCAUGCUGACGACCACCGCGAGCUCGUCGCUCUUCGCGUGAACUUUUUUUUCCCCAAGUUGUUUUUAAAUUAUUAUUAUUAUUAUUAUUAUUGUGGAAGGUGUGCGUGUCAAGCGCGCAGACGCACACCAUCGAACGAUGGACUACCACGCUUUAUGCACCAUUUGUGGAUUUUUUGUGGCGUUGCUGAGCGCCCUCCCCGGCACGUGCGCACAGAAAACAAAGUGCGGCCUCUCGGAAUUCUGGAAUUCCGACCUGGACGCGUGUGUGCCGUGCGCAUCCUGCAAGCAGUACCCCAAGACGCCGUCGUGCAACACAUGCAAGCUGGUGGAGGAGACGUCGGACGUUUGGAAGCUGGCGGCCAUCAGCAGCUUCUCGGUGCUGGCCGUGGUCCUGGUGGGCGCCGCGCUCAUCAUCGGGGUCAUGGUGCAUCGGCGCAAGUCGCACAAACUGCCUCUACGAGAACCAAUUGAAGAAACCGCAGGGCCACUUUAUCAAGCUUAAACAUUUCACAGCCUCGUCUUCCUCUGGAAACAAAACCAUGUGACCGACAGAAGCAAGCAGUGACCGCCCCUUCCCCCUUCCGCCCCCACCGAGGCCUGACCUGACCUAAGGACCUUCCGGACCGCCUACUGUGUGCUCUGACUGACUGAGCGACCGCAGGCUUUCCCCUGACAACAAAUACUUUUUUUUUUUUUAAGGACCCUUAAUUAACUGCAUAAACGGCGACAUCACGCUUUUGAGCGAUGCUCCCCCACCCCCGAAAGAAUAGAAUGAACACUUGGACCCUCACAAGUGGGCUGUUAUGUUACGUAACAGAAUGAAUGUAAGUUUGAAGAGGUCAAAGGUCGGGCUUCACACUGUCGGGGUCUGUUUGAAUGUAGCUAACGUUUAGGUGAAGCGUCCUCUCGCUCUAGUCAAUCGUGCACUGUUACUGCGGCGCCCGCCAACGCCGACCGAACCCCCCCCCCCCACACCCACCCACACUACUUUUACACUAGUUUUUCCGUCUGUCUCAACUCCAAUCAAAUCAAAUUGUGAGUCUAUCGGCGGAGGCAAGCUAUCGCCAACGACACUUCAUGUGGAAAUACUAACGACUUUUUGUUUGUUUGUUUUCCUUCCGUCUCAAGGACUAUUUGGGCCACACUGACUGGAAAGCGGGAAUGGUUUGUCAACAAAGUGUGAAAAAAGGCUCCCACUCAGCUGUUCUUGUAGGCUUUUUUUUUUUUAACGUACAGGUUA